CGGUGUCGGUUGGCGCGGGCGGGCAGGGCCGCUCGGUGGGAGCUGCUGUCAUGGCGCUCUCUUCGCUGCAGCCCCUGGAGGCGCUGAAAUACGCCGAGCUCCAGCGCAUCGCUAAGGCCGUUGGGCUGAGGGCCAACCUUCGGGCAGACAAAUUAUUGGAAUCAUUGAAGCAACACUUUGAAAGGACAAAUGAAGAAAGUGAAAAUAUGGGUCCUGUAAAGAGUGCAUCUGCUUCCAUUAAAUCGGAUGAACUGAGCAAUCAGGAGGAAAUGUCUGAUUCAGUGUGUUUCAUUACAAAAAGACGUGGUCAGGAUAAGAAAAUAACCAGAAAAAAGAGGAACUCCCAUGAGGAAAUUAACAGCAGUGAAGCAAACCCAGUGCUUUCUGAUGAGAAACAGGUGCAUUCUGAAAUGAAAGAAAAUGAAGUGCCUCAGGGGGAGCACAAAAAGGGACAGAAGAUAUCACAAAACAAAACCCAAAUAACUGAAGAGAGAGCUAUUGAGAAUCCAGGGAUGGGUGCUGGACAGAAGAAACAGGCAGAGAAAACUUCUACUAAAGGCAGGGGAGGACAAUGUAAUGCUCAUCCUGCAGGAGGGAAGAUCCCUUUACGUGCAGGCCGUGCACCUAGGUCUGCAGGAGUGACAGCUACCACACCAAACUUCAAAAAGUUGCAUGAGGCUCAGUUCAAGAAAAUGGAAUCUAUUGCUGACUACAUUGAGAGGAAAAAAAAACUGAAUGAAAGUUGCAGCGCAGUCAAGGUGCUGACCAGAAAAUCAAAUCCCUUAAGAGCAUCAGAAAAAGACACUCCAUAUUCUAAGAAACAAGCCAGUGGCAAAAGAUUUUUAUUCAGCCCAAAUCCAGAAAGAGGCAGGUUCUCCACCACCAGCACACCUUGUAAUGUCCAGCGCUCACCACGCAAUUCUCUGAAUGCUGCUAAUUGGAGCAUUUUAUCCCAGAAAUCUUCAUUUCAUCCUUCUGUACUUUCAACAUCCAAAAUGAAUGUCAGGUUCUCAGAAGCCACAAAAGAUAAUGAGCACAAACGCUCUCUUACCAAGACGCCAUCUAGAAUGUCUCCAUACAUGGAGGAGAUCUGCACACCUGACACUCAAAAGAGCUGCAAACUACUAAGUCAGAAGAACAGUAAGGGAAAUGCAAGAAAUAAUGAUCUGACUGCAUCGAAGGGUAAAGUGGAUGUUCUUACCCCCUUCAAAUUUGGAGCUCAACCUGCAGAACCUACAAGUGGAAAGAAGACAUUUGAUCUCAAAGCAAGUCUCUCUCGGCCGCUUCGGUAUCAGCCACACAAAGGACGACUAAAACCGUGGGGAGAAUUUAAAGAAAAUGCUGUUCUCAGUAGGUCUGGUGGUAUCUGUUCACACAGGAAAGAUUACAAACAGCCACAUCUCCAGACAAGGGAAGAAAGGCGUGAGACACUUGAGCAAGACAGAAAGAAGAAAAAGGCUCAUGCUCUUGGAAAACGUAGAGGCCUAUCUGGGUGUUAGGAUGAACAAGAAGUAUCUAAGACUUCACUGUAAAUACUGUUCCUCUCAUGUAAAGGCUUGUGCUCUCUGUAUGGUUCAGGUUGCUUUUAGCUAGUGGAAUCCAGAAAGCAAUUAAUGAGACCUUGUAAUGUACUCUGAACAUAAUGAUUAUCAACAUCUCCACUGAGAGUUCUAAACUUUCAGGGACUUAGAAUUCUCAUGUUGCUUCAUAAUGUUUUAAUUUAACUAAUUUACUUGACUAAAAGAUGUUAAAGAAGAAAACAUAAGUGGAAAAAAGAUGCUCGAGAAGCCUCCUUGCAACUUAGGAUAGACUUGUGCAUCAGAAUGCACUUGUUGUGUGCUAGAAUGCAGGCUUUAGAUAGCAGCAGCUUCAAAAUGUUCCCCAGUGUUCAAAAUGACAAGAUUUGGAAGUACCUGCUUGCCCUGUUCUCCAGGUCAAUCCUUAAAUGCUCUAAGUUACAGCAAUUAUUCAGCAUUUCUAAUCUAAUGCCUAUGAAAUUGUAGGGAAUUUCAAAGAGAAGAAAAAAUAUGCAAGCUCUCUGGCAAACUAAUGCGUAACAUAAUUGUAAACUACCUUUUUGAAAAAGUCACAACUGAAUUUACAAGUUACCAACUGAAUGCUUUGAACAGUUAAGGUUUUCUUCCUUUCUAUGGUAAAUAGCAGAUGUUAAAAUUCUCUUGCUUUUCACCUCUAAGAUGCUUAGAAGAUGUUAUAAUUGUGUUGAGGUACACUCAAUACCUUGGUUUUAAAAUAAGCUGUUAUUUUCACAUUUAAAAAAUGCAUAGAAAAGUUGUCUGGAUUUUUUAGGGAUAGAAGUAGAAAGGUAAUUUAGCAGUUGUAAUCUCAGCUGUUGAGCAAAUAAAUGUUUCA